AUGACCCUGGCACGAGGAGUGAUUCAGCGAUUAUCUCCCAAGAACACAGCCCUUUUAAUUUGUGAUAUGCAAGAACAGUUCCGCAAUAUAAUCAGCUUCUUUCCUUCAAUAUUAGAAGUGUCGAGGAGAAUGCUUGAAGGUGCUACACUUCUGAAUGUUCCAGUGCUAGCGACGGAACAAUAUCCCAGAGGUUUAGGACACACUGUUCCAGAGCUUAACUUGAAGAAAUUUGAUGUCCCAGUUUUUGAAAAGACAUGCUUUUCCAUGUUAAAAAACGAUAAUUUGCAGAAGCAUAUGAAUGAACGACUAUCCCACGUCAAAAACAUCCUUAUUUGUGGUAUCGAGUCACACAUUUGUGUUUAUCAGUCAGUGUUGGACUUCCUGGAAAAAAAUUAUGAAGUCCAUGUCGUGGUCGAUGCCUCUUCUUCUAGGAGCCUUGGCGACAGACUUUUUGCCUUCCGACGAAUGGAGAAGCUGGGAGCCCUUCUUACGACAAGCGAAUGCGCCUUGUUUGAAUUGGUUAAAGAUUCUACAAACCCAAAGUUCAAGGAAAUUCAGAAACUCAUUAUCGACCUUGCUCCCAACAGCGGACUUUGUUAG